UCGGGCGGGGCUGAAAGCGCUCCACGGUUUGUGUGUGGAAAAGUGUGCUUGUAAGCAGAAGAGAAGUGGGUGAGAGUCGCGAAUGAAAGAAGGUAUCUAAGGUUGGUCCUCCCUCCCCCCCUCGCAAAGAUGACCAAGCUGGGCUUUUUGCGGCUGUCCUACGAGAAGCAGGACACGCUGCUCAAGUUGCUCAUCCUCUCCAUGGCUGCCAUCCUCUCCUUCUCCACCAGGCUGUUCUCAGUGCUGAGGUUCGAGAGUGUUAUCCACGAGUUUGAUCCGUAUUUCAACUACCGGACAACCCGUUUUUUGGCAGAAGAGGGCUUCUACAAAUUCCAUAACUGGUUUGACGACCGGGCAUGGUACCCUCUGGGCAGGAUCAUUGGUGGCACAAUUUAUCCUGGCCUGAUGAUCACCUCGGCCCUGCUCUACCACGUGUUGCACUUCUUCCACAUCACCAUCGACAUCCGCAACGUCUGCGUCUUCCUGGCUCCCCUCUUCUCCUCCUUCACCGCCAUCGUCACCUACCACUUCACCAAGGAGCUGAAGGAUGCCGGCGCCGGGCUCCUGGCCGCGGCCAUGAUCGCCGUGGUUCCCGGGUACAUAUCCCGUUCCGUUGCCGGUUCCUACGACAACGAAGGGAUCGCCAUCUUCUGCAUGCUGCUGACUUACUACAUGUGGAUCAAAGCAGUGAAGACGGGCUCCAUUUACUGGUCCUCCAUUUGUGCCCUGGCCUACUUCUACAUGGUGUCCUCCUGGGGCGGCUACGUGUUCCUCAUUAACCUGAUCCCGCUGCACGUGCUGGUGCUGAUGCUGACGGGGCGGUUCUCGCACCGGAUCUACGUGGCGUACUGCACCGUCUACUGCCUGGGCACCAUGCUCUCCAUGCAGAUCUCCUUCGUGGGGUUCCAGCCGGUGCAGUCCUCGGAGCACAUGGCGGCCUUCGGCGUCUUCGGCCUGUGCCAGAUCCACGCCUUCGUGGACUACCUGCGGAGCAAGCUCAACGCCCAGCAGUUCGAGGUCCUCUUCAAGAGCGUCAUCUCCCUGGUUGGCUUCGCCCUGCUCUCCGUGGGCACAGUUCUCAUGCUGACCGGUAAAAUCUCUCCCUGGACGGGGCGCUUCUACUCCCUGCUGGACCCCUCCUACGCCAAGAACAACAUCCCCAUCAUCGCCUCCGUGUCCGAGCACCAGCCCACCACCUGGUCCUCCUACUACUUCGACCUGCAGCUGCUGGUCUUCAUGUUUCCCGUGGGGCUGUACUACUGCUUCAACAACCUGUCUGAUGCCAGGAUCUUCAUCAUCAUGUAUGGAGUCACCAGCAUGUACUUCUCUGCCGUCAUGGUGCGUCUGAUGCUGGUGCUGGCCCCGGUCAUGUGCAUCCUGUCGGGCAUCGGCGUGUCCCAGGUGCUCACCACCUACAUGAAGAACCUGGACAUCAGCCGGCCCGACAAGAAGACCAAGAAGCAGCAGGACUCCACCUACCCCAUCAAGAACGAGGUGGCCAGCGGGAUGAUCCUGGUCAUGGCCUUCUUCCUCAUCACCUACACCUUCCACUCCACCUGGGUGACCAGCGAGGCCUACUCCUCCCCCUCCAUCGUGCUCUCUGCCCGCGGAGGCGACGGCAGCCGCAUCAUCUUCGACGACUUCCGGGAGGCCUACUACUGGCUGAGGCACAACACCCCCGAGGACGCCAAAGUGAUGUCGUGGUGGGAUUACGGGUACCAGAUAACGGCCAUGGCCAACCGGACCAUCCUGGUGGACAACAACACGUGGAACAACACUCACAUCUCCCGCGUGGGCCAGGCCAUGGCCUCCACUGAGGAACGAGCCUACGAGAUCAUGCGGGAGCUGGACGUUAGCUACGUGCUGGUGAUCUUCGGCGGGCUGACGGGGUAUUCGUCGGACGACAUUAACAAGUUCCUGUGGAUGGUGCGCAUCGGCGGGAGCACGGACACCGGGCGGCACAUCAAGGAGCACGACUACUACACGCCUACCGGAGAGUUCCGCGUGGACCGCGAGGGCUCGCCCGUCCUGCUCAACUGCCUCAUGUACAAGAUGUGCUACUACCGCUUCGGCCAGGUCUACACCGAGGCCAAGCGCCCCCCUGGUUACGACAGGGUGAGGAACGCCGAGAUCGGCAACAAGGACUUUGAGCUGGACGUGCUGGAGGAGGCCUACACCACAGAGCACUGGCUGGUCAGGAUAUACAAGGUGAAAGACUUGGAUAACAGAGGCCUGUCUCGAACGUAAUUUCUUCUUCUCGCACAACACGCUCACACACACACACACACGCGCGCCCUUUCAGCACCGCGCACUGAAAGACCUCCCGUGCGAUGAGCAUCCCGCCAGAGAGCGAGAGAGAGAGAGAAAAAGAGAAGAUGAUACUUUUUAUACUUUGGUUUGCAAUUGCAGAAAGAGAUUUGUUUCCUAUUUUUUAUUUUCAUUUGGUGUCUAGUCUGGGGAAAGAAGAAGGGGGAAAAAAGUAUCACUAUUGUUCAAAUCUAAUGCCAAUGAAUGGAUUUCUGCUUAAAGUGCCCGAGAGAUCAACUUUGUCAGUUGCGGGCUGGAGUUGUUAUGACGUGGUCAAAUAAACCAAUGGAUUAAACUGGG